UGUCGUAUAGGCACUUUAAGCAUCGAGAACAUUGCCGUCCGGAACGUUGUCUAAUGACCGAGCUUUCCUGGGACGAGAAUAUUUUGUUUUGCGUGACCGUCGCCACGAAGAUGACGUUAAGCACUGACGAGACACAGUACCGCAGGUAGCUUUGAAAAUGUAAACAAAACAAAAGUUCAUUUCUUGACUUCUUGUCAUCCAUAUUUUAUCGGUCAUGGGCUCUUUUAAGGAAAACCGUAAGAUGCUAAUGUUAUCCUUUCAAAAUAACUGGAUCACAGAAGGUGAAUUUGUAUUACUUUAUGAAGCAAACUGCUCAAAAAAUUUGAUUUUUCCUCAUGCCGCGUACGAUCGCUUCAACCUCCAAGACAUGGACGAAACAGAGUGUUUGAGAGAAUUUCGUGUUCGCAAACUGGACGUACCUCGCUUGGCUGAUGCCCUUAGUCUACCAGAAACUUUGAGCUGUCCACAGAGGACGAAAACACGACGAAUUGAAGGACUCUGUAUACUGUUAAAGAGACUUGCUUACCCCUGCAGAUAUAGCGACCUAAUUCAUCGUUUUGGCCGUGCAGUACCCGAGUUAAGCAUGAUUUAUAACACGAUGGAGGACUGGAUAUAUCAGCAUCAUCAUGACAAAAUAACCCAGUGGAAUGAUAACCUGCUAAAUAGUAACGCUCUCCAGUUAUAUGCCGAUGCUAUAACACAAACAGGAGCUGCUUUGACCAACUGCUUUGGCUUUGUCGAUGGUACGGUGCGCCUUAUUUGUCGUCCAGGAGAAAAUCAGAGGAUUGUGUACAACGGACACAAGCGAGUUCACGCUUUGAAAUUUCAGUCUUUGACCCUCCCAAACGGAAUCAUUGCCCACCUGUUUGGUCCUGUAGGUAAGCGAGCAGCUGACAAACAGCACAUUAUUUUGUUACAUAUUUACUGAAAUUCACAAGCCGGUAUGUAAACAAAGCCUCCGAAUGGUCGCUGAACAAUAGUAAGCCAAUCAAAUGCAUUGUUUACAAACCGGUUUGUGAAUAUGAUUAUGACCCUUUGAACUUCCCAAGUUUAAUCCCAACGAAGUUUGUAACGAAGUUCGCAACAUUCAGGGAAACGUUAUGUGAAAUCAACUGUAACUGCAGACAUUACAUUAAUUUACCUGUAAUUUGUAUCAAUUGAAGAAAUAUGCCAAAUCCUGGCCAUAACAAUUCAUAUAAUAAAUUUAUAUAAUUAAGCUAUAUGUAUAGGAAAUAGCUAUAAACAGUAUAAUAUAAUGUAACAGAACUGAGUAUUACAUUUAAUGCCUGUAUUCUGAAAGCUCACACUCAAAGAGUGAAAGUUCAAUCUGAGCUUAAUUCCUUGGGUGUCAGUGCGGUUUUUGAAUGGCUGGAGGGUUAGUAUUGUACCUUACUAUAUGUGACUAUUCACCCUUCAACUAUUCAAAAACAGCAUUGACACUCAAGGGAAGUUUAGAUUGAACCUCCACUCUUUAAGUGUAAGUGAGAUUUUAGAAUGCAGGCAUAUCAUGUCAAUUGCCUGUUGUUGUUAAUUCAUUGUUAUGAUAUUAUAGAGGGGAAAAAACACGACUCCGCCAUGCUGACAGACUCUGGUCUCCUUGAGGAACUUGAGCAACAUGCUUUUUCACCAACAGGAAAUACCAUGUGCAUUUAUGGUGACCCAGCCUAUCCCCUGAGGAUACAUCUACAAGCACCAUUUCGUAACAGGGCUCUCACACCACAAAUGGAAGCAUUCAAUAAAUCCAUGAGCUCUGUCCGUACAUCUGUGGAGUGGAUUUUUGGAGAUGUAAUCAGUUCAUUUAAAUUUUUAGAUUUUAAAAAGAACCUUAAGAUUGGUUUGAGCACAGUCGGUAAACACUAUAUUGUUAGCUCACUACUGCGAAAUGCUUUGACUUGCAUGUACAGAAAUACUACAUCUAAAUACUUUGGUGUUGAUCCUCCUUCUGUAGAGGAAUACUUUGCAUAGCCAAUCACACGCGAAAGAAUGCAAUUAAUGAUUGACCCAUUAAGCGCCAGCGCUCUCCCCUUGACAAGUAAAAUCGUCUGGCAUUAGACAGAGUAAAAUAAUAAAGAAAGGCGCACCCAGAGGCAUAGCCAAGAUUUUUGGUCAAGGG